AUGAAACUCAGCGCGAUCACGGUUCUCCUCUGCGGCUCCCUUGCUUCAGCCGGCUGGAUCGAGCUGAAAACCGCCAGCGGACGAAGCACAAACACCGGAGACGCGAAUAAAGGCUGCCUAGGCCCGGUCGCUGGUAGAGGGCCGUACAAACUCAUUGCUCAUGACUUCAAACCGAAAUCCCUCAAAAUCUACGCCGGGGCGAAUUGCAAGGGGGAGGUUCUCAAUUCCUGCACUGGUUGCACAUCUUUAACAGCUGGUAACGCAAAACGAAGAGGCGCUGUUUGGGGCUGGUUCUCCUAG